UAUCAAUCGAAGGGAGAGAAGACUGGAUUACGAGCUAAGCAACUGGUUAAUCAUCUAGACUCUGUAAGUUAGGCUAAAUAUGAAAAAUAUACGUUAAAUAUUAAAAAUAUGAAAAUCCGCCCUUGGCUCAAGUUUCUACCUUCGAUCUAUAAUUGCGAUUGAAAAUAUCGCGAUGAAUCGAAAUAUCGCCCAACCCUAAUCACACUUCCUCACCUACAAGCUGCACGUACCAAUCAUAAUUGUAGGCAUUGGUAUUGUAAUGAGUACAAUUUCAUGAAGCUAGUAGAGAAAUAUGCUUUAAUUUUUAUUUUUGUCCACAUUAGAUUUUUCGAUACCACAAAAUAAGAAUUGCUUUGGUGAAAGUAGAAACGUGGACAACGAGAGAUCUCUUUACUGUUGGCAGAAAUGCUUCGAAAGCUCUCAUUAAUUUUUUGGAAUACAAGAAAAAAAAUCUUGACAUACACAAAGGCAAACAUUUCGACAAUGUUCAACUUAUCACGUAUGUACUAUUUACGCUUUCAUUUUUAACACCAUAGUGUUUAUAAAGAUUUGUAUAUAAUAUUUAUAAAGAUUGCUAAUAUCUAUAGGUAUGUGUGAUGUUUUAAAGUUUUCAUUCCUACAAGGAAUAGACCUUGCGGCCCUGCGUUCGAUUCUUGCGGCCCUGCGUUCGAUUAAUGUAUAAAAUUCACACUCGCAAGUCCAUCUGUGUAGAUGCUCAGAUGUCCUAACACGUUAAUGUCUGUAUCUGUUUUGACAGAGGAAUGGAUUUUGAUGGUACUACAGUUGGAUAUGCUCGAAUACAAACUAUCUGCGGUUCAAGAUCAGCAGCUGUUGUCCAG